AUGAUCGGUCCAACAGACAGGCAUACUGAUGACUGGAAGGUCGAUUUGCUGCCUCCCAAUGACUACAAUAGUAUCAUUGAUAUCAGUUUCAACUUCACUAUGAUCAACUUUGUCUGCGAUGAAACGUCGCCAUUGUUGCUAAUCUUAAUUCAUACUGCACCAACCAACUAUGUUAAAAGAAAGACGGUGAGGGAAACUUGGGGUCAAGAGGUGGAUGGUGUCAAGGUUUUGUUCAUGGUAAGCUGGAUCCUGUUUUUAUAA